GGAAGGGUCAAGUCGGGCGUCCCGAGAGCCCGAGCUCAGAACGGUCGCCAGGCGGAACCGCUCCGGGAGGGCGGAAGCGGGGGGCGGGACGGUGUCGUGUGGCGGAAGAGGCCCGAGGAUUUCCGAAGCGAGCGGAAGCGGCGCUGCCGGGGUCGGGACGAGCCGGAGGCAUGGCCGAGGCGUCCUCGGAGCGGGAGGCGGAGGCCGAGGCGCUGGCCGCGGCGCGCGAGCGGAGCCGCCUCUUCCUGAGCGGCCUGGAGCUGGUGCAGCAGGGCGCCGAGGCGCGCGUCUUCCGCGGCCGCUUCCAGGGCCGCGCGGCCGUGGUGAAGCACCGCUUCCCCAAGAGCUACCGGCACCCGGCGCUGGAGGCGCGGCUCGGCCGGCGGAGGACAGUGCAGGAGGCGCGCGCGCUGCUCCGCUGCCGCCGCGCGGGAAUAGCUGCUCCGGUUGUCUUCUUCGUGGACUAUGCUUCUAACUGCUUGUAUAUGGAAGAAAUCGAAGACUCGGUGACUGUUCGCGAUUAUAUUCAGUCCACUAUGGAGACUGAAAAAGACCCCCAGUGCCUCAUGGGCUUGGCCAGGAGAAUCGGGCAGGUUCUAGCUAGAAUGCACGAUGAAGACCUCAUUCACGGGGACCUCACCACCUCCAACAUGCUCCUGAAACGGCCCCUGGAGCAGCUGCACAUUGUGCUCAUCGACUUCGGGCUGAGUUUUGUUUCGGGACUGCCGGAAGAUAAAGGCGUCGACCUCUAUGUCCUAGAGAAGGCCUUCCUCAGCACCCACCCCCACACCGAGACUGUGUUUGAAGCCUUUCUGAAGAGCUACGGUGUGUCCUCCAAGAAGUCCAGUCCAGUGCUGAAGAAGUUAGAUGAGGUGCGCCUGAGAGGGAGAAAGCGGUCCCUGGUCGGGUAGCUGUAAUGACUAGCUCCCAGGGAGAAUGCUGUGGAUGAGGCUGGACCACAGGCUGUAGGUCUCACAGGGAGAACGCUGUGGUCGAGGCUGGACCGCAGGCUGUGGGGUCUCACAGGGAGAACACUGUGGACGAGGCUAGACCACAGGCUGGGGGGUUGUGUUAAGUGGCCUGUGACAGUGCUGUGCCACCGUCACCUGUGGUUCACUGUUCUCAGGAGCUUAGUGUACAUAAGGCCUGUUCUAGGCAGAACUGGGUGAGUAGCCCAGGCUGGCCUCAGACUUGCUGUGUAAUUGAGGAUAGCCUUGAACUGAUCUGCAUCCGUUGGAGUAUAGGUGUGUGCUGUUACACCUGGUUUAUCGAUGCCCAGGGAUUCACGCAUGAUAGGCAAGUACUCUACCAACUGAGCAGCAUCCCCAGCCCUAGAACUGGGUGUUUGAGAUCAGUCCAAACAAGCUUCCCAAACAGCGGCCUGUGGACCUCAUGCAUGGCAGGUGGCCGUGAGCGGAGAGCAACACUCUCGUCCUGAGGGAUAAAUGGGGACUCAGCGUGGGAUAGCAUUUCUCUGUCUGCCCUCUAACCUGGUGGGGUUUUUGUUGUGUGUAUGAAGACUGCUUAAAGCCAGUUUAGUGGGGUGUGACCAUCACUUUCAGAGAGCAGAGUAGAUUGGCUGGGACACGGUGGACUGCUCUCUGAAGCUUGUUCCAGGUGUGUUGUUUUUACACGGGUGUGUUUGGAGUUUGUUAUAGAAGGUGUUUUGAGGGCCUGGAGAGGUGGCCUUGUGGUGCUUGCUCUUCCAAAGGACUCCAGUUCCCAGCACUCAGGUUCCAAGGAAUCCAGUGCCUGCCUCCGCCUCCUCAGGCACCUAAACUUUCAUGAACCUGUCCCUCCUCCCAAAUACACAUCCACCUAACUAAAAAUAGUAAGGAUAAAUUCUUGAAAUAUUUUUGAGAGUUGCAGUAAAAA